UUAGCGGCCUUGGAAAGAGGGGAGCAGCUCCUGCCACUGGAAAAAUCCUAGUGCUGGAAGCAUCGCGAGAUCUGGGGUUAUCCUCUCGUUGCGUUGCUUAGCGACAGGAACGCGCUCGCGGGCCCCGGCUAACCCCCUCAGUAGCCUUAAAUCUCCUACCAUGGGGGAAGAAGGCGGCGGUCGCAGCUGUGGGACCACUAGGGCGCUGCAGAAGCUGAAGCAGCAAGCGAUGGAGUACUACCAGCAGAACGACGUUCCGCGCAGGCUAGAAGAGCUGCUCAACUCCACCUUCUACCUCCAGCCUGCAGAUGUCUACGGGCACCUGGCAAACUGCUUUUCUAAACUUGCAAAGCCCCCUACCAUAUGCAGAGUAGUGGGGAAAAACGUACUGGAUGGACUGGGGCUUCCAACACUGCAAGUGGAAAUAUUCUGCACCAUUCAAAAUUUUGCCAAGAACAUAUGUUCUGUGGUGAUCUCGUCCCACUUUGAAGUGCACGAGAACGCUUCACCUGAGCAGGUGGAAGCGGAGGAGUUGGAAAGGAAGGAUGCUGUCAGCACUGCCGUUCGGUGGGUCAACGAAGCAAUCACUGAGGAGCUUCAGGGCAUCGCACCCUCUAACCAGACCCAGGUGGAUCAGGUGCUCAGGAUAUUCUUUGAAAAUAAAGUACAAGAAGAGAAGGAGAAAAGAGAAUUGGAAAAGAGCACAGAAGACUCAGUCGUAGUGCCUAUCCCUUCACCUCUACCACCAGCUCCUCCUCCACCUCCUGCAAAAAAGAAAGGACAAAAGCAAGGGAGAAAUGAUACUGUUGUAGAGAAACCUAUUAUACCUGCAGAACCAGCUGAACCUGUGCUCUGUGGCAGCAUGGCCAUCGGGGCUGUGUCACUAGCUGUUGCCAAGACUAGUGCCAUGCUGGACAAUAAUCCUCUCUACUUAAAUAUUGCAUUACUGAAGCACAGUCAGGAACAGCCAAAAAAGCUAACUAUACCUUUGCCAAUGGUUUCUCUGAUCAGCUGUGGGAAGUCAUCGCCUGGGAAGCUGAAUUUAAUGAAAGAAGUGAUUUGUAUACCCCAUCCCGGAUUAACAGCCAAACAAGGUGUGGAGAUGCUUCUGGAAAUUCAGAGACAUAUUAACAAAACUAUUGAAACGCUCCCUUCUCCGAAAGCAGAGACGAAAAAAGGGCAUAAUGGCGGGAAAAGGGGUCAACCGCAGAUCACUGGCAAGAUGUCCCAUCUUGGCUGUUUAACCAUUAACUAUGACACCACAGAGCAGCCGCUGCUCCUAAUACAAGGAAUCUGUGCGAACCUGGGGCUGGAACUGGGAACAAAUCUGCAUCUGGCCAUCAACUGUGCUGCACAGGAGCUGAUGGACUAUAGUAAAGGGAAGUAUGAAGUGAUGAUGGGAACAUACAAAAAUGCAGCUGAGAUGGUUGACCUGUAUGUGGAUCUGAUCAACAAAUACCCUUCAAUUAUUGCCUUAAUUGAUCCUUUCAGGAAGGAGGAUUCUGAACAGUGGGACAGCAUCCUGAAUGCUCUUGGUUCCAGGUGUUACAUAAUUGCAGGAACUACAUCCAAAAGUAUCUCUAAACUUCUAGAGGAAGGAAACAGCAGCAGCCCCAAAGCCAGUGGGCUGAUCAUAAAUCAUACAAAUCAAACUACGAUGUCUGACCUUGUGGAAAUAACCAAUCUCAUUGAAAGCAAGAAGUACAUCGCUGUCUUUGGAAGCACAGAAGGCGAGUCAUCUGAUGAUAGCCUUGUCGAUUUGGCCGUUGGACUGGGUGUCCGGUUUAUCAAGUUGGGAGGUCUUUCUCGCGGCGAACGGGUGACUAAAUACAACCGCCUUUUUACUAUAGAGGAAGAACUUGUCCAGAAUGGAACACUGGGUGUUAAUGAAGAACACACAUUUUUAAACUUUUACGAGGAAGCUGAACAGGCUGCGGCGGCAGCUGGCGAGCUGCCUGAGCCCCUGGAGCCUGUCUUCCCCACAGAAGUUGAAAUAGCCAAAACAGGAGCAUCUUCUGGGUAGGACCGUGUACACACCAGUUUAGUCACACCUUUAGCUUUAUUAGACUGGCAGGUCUGAGGUACGUCUCCAUAUUCUUUUUGCUCUAAAACUUCACUAACUCAUGCAAUUGUUUUCUUCUUUUAACUUUGUUGUUCAGUAAAAUACAUAUAUUUUUACCUGUGAACUUUGUUUUACAGCAAUCACAUUCCAUAAGGAUUUUGAUUGUACGCUAGCUCUCCUAUGCAUUUUUAAAGGUUGUCACCUAGUAAAAGACGCCAAUAUUUUUGUUGCCAACUCUAAACUCAAUUCAAGCACCUCCCACUUUACAAAUUAGAACAUCUAUGAAAACUAAAAUCAAGAUAAACUGAAGGCUCUGUGGGCCAAGAAAGGGUACACAUCUGUUUUUUUCUUCUACGUUCGUGCUAAAAACUAGUGUGGACACAUUAUUGUAGCCAGCCUCAUGCAGAAGUAGGAGAGCUUCACUGUCUUCACAGCUCCAUCUUGCUCUCCUACCCUUCAUUCCUUUUUUCCUGAUUCCUUCUUCUUUUAAAAUUUUAGUUUUUCUUAUAUUAUUUAUACCUCUGUGAAUCUCUUUAGAUCCUUUUGGAACAUGAAUGGGUAUGAAUGAACAAACAUAUUAAUGAAUGAAUAAAUAUUCUUAAGGCUAUUAAAAGCCCAAUUAUUCAUGCUAUGGCAUUUAACAAGCAACCAGCAAGUGACUGAAAUGGCUGUUAUGUAUAUGGUGACUGAAUUGCCUCCUCUGUAAGCCAGUAUUGGGGCUAUAGCAGAGGAGUAUCGAAAAUAAACACAUUCAAACACACCUACAGCUAUAAUAACUGCUUUAUAUGCUUUAGAUCCUUUGUUAAAAGGUUACUAUUUGCCUUUUCCAAAAAUUAUAUAAAUUGGUAUGUACUGACCUGCAGGACAGUAGGCUGAGUUUUGAUUUCUGAUACAUUCUAUAAAUUUUAACUAAGCACAAGGAUCUUUCCUUUUGAACAGUAACUAUAACAGGGGAACUUAUUGUCCUCAUUGUAGAGCCAAGGCCUUACUCUCAAAGCUGUGAUUUGAAACCGGCCCAGUGGCAGACUUUCCCAGAGCAUGGGGCAAAAUUAGUUGGCCUCACUCUAAGUUGGGGAAACCAUGUCACAGUCUGCAAUUGCUGCUGCCUCUCUUGAUGCUUAGCAACAGACAGUGGGGUACGAGAAACCUGGAAGGAAAAUUCAUUUUAGAGGCAAGAGGAACAUGACUGAGCGGGCAUUCACUUAGGCCUCGCACAUGUCUUCAGACACAAACACACGUGUGUGCAUGUGUGCACAAUCUGUGAGAGAUCAUAUGGGACUAUGCCCCAGAACUGUGACGCAAAUUGUAAUUAAAUGAAUGAAACCAGAGAAAACGUGCACAAGUUAAUAACCCAGUAACUAAAUUAAGUUAGCCAAAGAGGUGAUUUAAUACCUCAACCAGGUCAGCACUUUAAUUUCAACAUAGAGCGCAGUUUACUCACCUUAAUCUCACUUGAGAAUUGGGCUCUCCAACGGACAGGCAGCAUUUUAAUUUAAAUUUCUUAAAGUGCUAAGUAUUCUUUUGACUUAUGUUUUCUGUAGAAUGAUAACUAUACAUAUAUAGAGAAAAAUAUUAUGUGUAAAAGAAGGAAAAGAAACUAGUCAUCCCAGAGUUUUUAAAAUGACAGUAAGAUACAGGAAAGCUAGAGCUGGGAAGAAAGUCCAGACUCAUCUAAUCCGUAAGUGAGCAGUGCUCGAUAAUCCUCCUAAGAUUGGUGAUAACAACAGAUGCUUAUCUGCUCUCCACAACUUAUUGGCAUGUAAUCUAAAGUUGUUCCAUGAUGAAGAUGAUUAACAUGUAUAGUGCACAUUUAGGAAAAUCAUCCAGAUUUUGUUUUUAAGACUCAAUGAUAUACAGACUAUCAUUUACCUGACACACAACCUAAAAAUGGUCUGGAAGGAUCUACUCCAUUCCCAACAAACAUUUCACUGUUAACAGAGAAGGUAAGGAAGGAGAACUACUAGUGAGUAGUCAGAGCCAAAAUGUCUAUCCUUUCUACUCAGGCCAAGGCUAGGUGGUUAUAGCCCUGUUAACCAGUCAGAAUUUUCACAGUGCUGAUCAACCACCCAGACUGCUGUGGUUGAGGGGCUUAAGUUAUCUAAGACUAGAUCAGAUGUGAAAUGGUGUUAGAAUUUUAAUGAAAUUCUUAUUCUUCCAGAAAAGAAGACAUUUUCUUUUUCUUCAGUGGCAAGAGCACAAAGUACCUCUUACUUUUGUCAACAGUAACAGGUGUACCACACCAAUUCUAGGGGUCAGUAAUAGGGAGGGAUAAGGGGUAGUGGUGUUUUGGGAUUUCUUUUUUUAUGUCUAUCCGUUAUUUUUCUUUUUGGAGCAAUAAAGUGGUUUAAAAUUGAAUAUCAUGAUGAUUGCAAACUAGGUGAGGACACUGAGAGACACUGAUUGUACACUUUUAAUGGAUUAUGUGGUAUGUUAGUAUAUCUCAAUAAAAUUUGCUGAAAAAAUGCAUCAACAUUAGUGAAGAAAAUUCUGUACAGGAUGAGAC